CCGCUUUUAACAGACCUACAGAAUCUUUGGAACUGAAGUUUUUUUUUAAAGUUGUUGGAAACUGUAUGUCUGCAAGCAACCGGAGGACAUGGCAAUCCAGGAGGCAGACACGAUGCAGUGGGAGGAGGAGGAGGAGGAGAAAGAGGCACAGGAGGUGAAGAAGGAAGUGAAGAUGUCAACAGUCUACCUGGAGUUCUUCCCUACUGCAGUCACUGAAGAGAAGCUUGAGGAAGCCCGGCAGAAAAAGAUCAGUCGCAUUUUUGGGGUUGCUAAGACCUUGCAACAUGUUAAGAACCCCAACAAAGUGGGGACUUAUGAAGGGAUACUGCAGAACAAAAUAGAUGAGCAUUGCAAUAAAGGCGAACAAUACUUCUCUCAGGGGGAGUGGGAAAACGCUGUCACCUGCUAUACCAAAGCCCUUAACCUGAAUCCUAACAAGGUAGAACUGUAUGAGAAGAAGGCAGAAGCUCUUCUCCAGCUCUGCGACUUCCAGUCUGCUGCAUUACACCUCCAGAAGGCCUAUAUAGUGUCAUCACAUCAGGAGGACAUUGGACGCCGCUUUGCUUUCGUUUUUCACCUCCAGGGCCAGUGUCUAUAUGAGCAGAGUGCCUACCUGGAUGCUCUCGAGUCCUUCACUCGUGCCACGGAACUUCAGCCUCAGAAUAAGCUUUAUCGCAUGAGGAGCAUUGCCUGCCUCGCUGCCCUGAAAAAAUACAACGAUUGCCUUCAGAUGGUCAACGAAGAAGUUGCUCAGGAGAGAAAGAAUCCGGAUCUCUUUGUCCUGAGGGCUCGACUCUAUCAGUGCUUUGGAAAGGUCACGUUCUGUUUUCACAACCUCCAAGAUGCCCUUGAGUUGGACCCAGAACACAGCGAAGCUCUACUGAUGCUGGAUCACUUGAGGAAAGAGGCCCAGAGGUCCAAGGAGCAAGCUGUGAGCAAGGCAGUGAAGGGAAACCUGAAGGGAGCCCUGCUGAAAAUCAACAAGGCCAUUGACCACAACCCCUUGCAGGCAGACUACUUCCUCUUCAGGGGAAACAUCUUGAGAAGGCUGAGAGACUUUGAUGCAGCCAUUGGCGAUUACCUCAGAGCCGUGGAGCUCAGCAAAGAGGAGGAUGGCAGCGAGAUUUGCGUGGAGGCCCAGAAGCAAGUGCUCCUCACCUAUAACGACUUUGCGGUACACUGCUAUGACAAAGGCUUUUACGAAGAGGCAGUGCUCCUCCUCAAUAAAGCCAUCACGGGGGAGAAAAAUGAGAAGGGGCUCUAUGUCAACAGGGGAGACUGCUUCCUUAAACUGGGUGAGCUGAAUUUUGCAAUGGCGGAUUAUCAGCAAGCCCUGGAUUUACAGCCUCUCGACACCAGCCUCCAGAAGCGCGCAGCUUGGUUGUACAGUGAGAUGGGGCUGCAGGAGUUCAGGGAGAGCCGAUACCCACAGGCCGAAGCGUAUUUCUCCCAGGCUAUUGAGAAUAACCCGCGUGAGCUGAAGUAUUACAUGCACCGAGCCAAGACCCGCCUGUUCCUUCAGGAGACAGUAGGAGCCAAGGAGGACCUUAUUACAGCCUUCCUGCUAGACCCCACAAGGGAGGAGAUCCACAGUCUGGCCAAUAGAUUGUUUCCAGGAGACCCCAUACAGUCUGCCCUUGACAGUAAAAUUGGAGAGCUUGCUAAAGCUCAUCUGGACCAGAGGCUAAAAGCUUGCCCAAUAUUCGAGGCCUCAUCCUACCACAAAAGUUCAGAGUCAGAAGUAGGUAGUCCUCCCAAAGAUGUCUACAUUCAAAAUGAUGAGCUAGAAGCACCAGAGGAGGAAAAGAGGAAGCAGGAAACAGCUGAAGAGAAGAGGCUGAAUGUGAAGAUAGCUACCUGCCUGAAGAAGUCUAACAUGGUAAACAAAGAGCUUAAGGCAGCACGAGAGAACACGUCCCUGGAGUCUACCACUGCCCGCCUGGACCCUUGCCCUCAGCUGCCUGAAAAGGAGCACUCAGAAGAACCUUACCGGUGGCGGAAGUUCAGCAAAGGCAUUGGCCACUUUUAGCUCCUAU